AUGUCCUCCCUCGUUAUCUUUGGCGCGGACGGGCGUAUUGGCGGGCAGCUCGUGCCCGCUGCCGUUGGCUCCUUCUUCGUGCACGCGGUGACCAAGACGAAGUCUCAGAACGAUGAGAUGCUGAAAGAGCUCGGCGCGACGCCGCACGUGCUCGACCUAACCACGGCGAGCGUGGACGACAUCGUCAAGCUGUUCAAGGAGACCAAGGCCGAGGCGGUCGUAAACUGUGCGUCGGCGGACGACGUGCGCGACGCCAAAUCCGUCAAGGCGGUCGACUACGAGGGCGGCCUGAAGGUGAUCCAGGCUGCUGAGAAGGCGGGUGUGCCCCGUUUCCUCACCGUGAGCUCCAUGGGCGUGCAUGAUCCCGACAAGAUGCCGGGGUACUACUCCAAUGUCUCGUGCCUCGCUAGCAAGAUCAUGUGGCAGAGCGACAGCGCCAUGCGGCCCUUCCUUGAGGCCAAGUGGCAGCUCGAGAGCGCGCUGCACAAGACAAAGCUCAAGUUUACGGUUUUACGCCCGGGCACGCUCUUCGAUAACUACGAGACUGGGUGUCGCAUGGGCGCCCUCAAUCUCGUCCGCGAUGGGUCGACCGUGAGCCCGCCCAGCCUCGAACGCGUCCUCGACGCUAUGCCCCCGACGUCGCGCGAGCUCGUCGCCCAGACACUCUACGCCUGCCUUAGGAAUGAGGACUCGGCCGGCCUCACCCUCGACGUCGUCAAUGGCCAUGGCGAGAUUAGCGAGGAACUCAGCAUCAUGACCGCCUCCAAGACGGAUGUGUGGAAGGAGGACCAGAAGACGCGCGACUGGGACGAGGCCACAGCCAAGAAGGAGAGCGAGGACAAUGCCGAGCAGCAGAAGAAGGAGCACCCCGGACCCAAGAUUGUCUGUUUGUAA